UUUUCAGUACCCACUGUUCAUUUUUUUUUAAAAUUUGGGUUUUCUUUCUUGUUUCCAACUACAACUUUUGAGUGUGAGAUUUUGAGAAAAAAAGAGAUUUUUUAAUUUUUUUUGUAAGUGUUCAAGUAUGUGGACUUAAAAUUAGUGUUUUUUUUUCUUGAUGAUGGGUACGGGGAAGAAUGAGAACGUUGGAUUUAGUAGUAGCUAUGAUUAUUCAUUCAAGAUUCUGCUUGUUGGAGAUUCUGGGGUUGGAAAAAGUAGUCUUCUUCUCACUUUUAUUUCACACCAUCCUCCUCAAGAUCUUUCUCCAACUGUUGGUGUGGACUUCAAAAUCAGGAUGCUAACAGUUGGCGGCAAGAGGUUGAAAUUAACCAUUUGGGAUACAGCUGGACAAGAGAGGUUUGGUGCAUUAACAAGCUCAUACUAUCGAGGGGCUCACGGGAUAAUACUAGUGUAUGAUGUAACAAGGCGAGAGACCUUUACAAACUUAUCAGAAACUUGGGCGAAGGAUAUUAAGUCUUACUCCACGAAUCCCGAGUGUAUCAAGAUGCUAGUUGGGAACAAAGUUGAUAGGGAUAGUGAAAGAGCUGUAACUAGAGAAGAAGGCCUGGCAUUUGCAAAGGAGCACAAUUGUUUAUUUCUUGAAUGUAGUGCUAAGACAAGAGAAAAUGUGCAGCUGUGUUUUAAAGAUCUCACACUGAGGAUGCUGGAUGUACCAAGUCUACUGGAGAAAGGUUCUGCAGUAGUGAAAAAACAAAUUUUGAAACAGAAAGAAGUGCACAAGUCUCAACGUAGCGGAAACUGUUGCUCCUAGUUGAAACACUUGUUACACUAAACUGCAACUGUGAGUAAAUCUUGUAAAUGAGCAAUGCUCGUUACAAGGGUGUGCUGUCAGACAACGACAAGUUCAUCGUUCGAUCUAGUGAACGUGCUGUUCUUUUUUUUUUUCCGCUGGCUGGCCGUGGCUAGAUUUUGUUCAUGUAUGUAGAUGUAAAGUUUUUCUUUUCAUUUGUUAAAUCUUUUACAAGAAUGGUGUCAUAAUAGUGCUUCUAUAUCUCACGGGGAGAUGUAGAAGUUUUGUAUCAAAAACAAUUUUGUGGCUUAUAGAAAGUUUUUCAAUAUAAAAUGUACAAUAUCAACAUCUCUUGGAGAGGUGUGAUCAAAACAAUUUUUGGCUUAUACAGACUUGUUUAAGGGAAAAUAAAUUGUAUCAAGUUCCCUCUUA